GUGAUCCACAGUCCGGUAGAACAGGAUUUUAUGAUGUCCGCCGGUGAGAUAACACGCUGCACUCUGAACGGUGAUCUGGUGCAGGACUUCGCUUUAUGAUUACACGUCUACAGUCAGCCGCGCCGUUUUCCUGCUGGAUGUGUCUCUGAUCUGCUCGAUCCUGAAGGAAGCGCAGAACCCAGACUGCACUAGCUCACUGAGCAGGAGCUGUGAGGAAGAGCCGCAGCUCUCGCUUUAGCCCGGAGGAGUCGCUCAGGAUGGGCUGUGGGGGAUUCGUUUGCUCUAAAAAUGCGCUUUGCGCGCUGAACAUUCUUUACGCGCUGGUGAGUCUGCUCAUGAUUGCGGUGGCAGCCUGGGGUAAGUGGUUUGGCCUGGUCUCCAGUUUCCAAGUGAUAGCUGCCGUCAUUGGAGUGGGUUUCUUUCUCUUCAUCGUGGCAAUUGUGGGUCUGUGUGGAGCUCUAAAGCAUCAUCAAGUCCUCUUGUUCUUUUACAUGGUCAUCCUCUUCAUGGUGUUCAUUGUGCAGUUCUCAGUGUCAUGUGCCUGCCUGGCCAUCAAUAAGGAACAACAGAAUCUGUUUCUGGAGAUCGGAUGGAACAAGUCUGAGUCUAUGCAGAAGGAUCUAGAGAGAACUCUGAACUGCUGUGACUUCUCCAGUGUCAACUACAGUGGAACAUGUGAAGCUGACUGUUUCAGAGAAAAAAGCUGUGAACCAUGCUCAGUCAAAAUUCAAGCCUAUGCUGAUGACGCACUGCACUUUGUUGGAGGAAUGAGUUUGUUCUUCAGUUUCACAGAGGUUCUGGGUGUUUGGCUGACGUACAGAUACAGGAAUCAAAAGGACCCUCGGUCAAGUGCUGGACAAUGCAGGAACUAGUUUCAAGAAAUCUUUCCAUUAUAUAUUUCCUUUAGUCUUUUAUUUCACUUUACAUUCGGUAUCAUCUGCUAACUGCAUUAGACUACAUUUAAAUUUAACCCAUGAUGACUGCAGGGAAAGGCAUGAAUGAUGUUUUGUCUGAAAAAUACUUUUUUUCAAUUGUUGUGAUAGUCACAUGAUUAAUUGUCAUCGAAUGUUCUUUCUUUACUUUAUUGCAACAAGAGCAUCACAAUUAAAUAAUGAUGUGACCAUGAUCCUGUUAGUAAUUUAGGUGCCACUGACCUUAAUGUUUCAUCCACAAUGACCUGAAAGACGUCUUGCGCCUUUCUUGUACAGUUAUACAAGAAAACAACGUGUGUAUAUAUGUCUUUUAUUUUGUUCCUCAUUCUUUUGUGAGAUAAAUCCAAAUAGAAAUGGAAAA